ACAUCUGCGCAUCAAUAAAUUAUCAAGUCAACAAAAUGAAUGUUUCUGGCAAUCCUACGUACAAUCUAUUAGAAAAAGAAAUCCCUUUGACGUUGAGCUUUCUUUCAGUAAAAGAAAUUCCGUUAUCGUUGAGCGUGACGAUGGGAGCUGGACUAUGAUCAAAAUGAUCAAUGUCAACAUAAAUAUAAAUGGUAUCUUAUCAAACCGUACAGUCGCCCAAAACUUAAAGUUAGACGGAAAUAUUACCGCACACGAUUUAGCUAACCUCUGUAUCUUGAACCCAAGUCUAAGAAAGUUGAAAGUUGGCAUUGAAAUUGACGGAAAUGUUUCCAUUAUCGCUCCUCAUUGCGAAAAUCUUAAGGAACUGAAUAUUAAGUUCAACUCGGAAAUCGGGCUUGCCCAAUAUGCAGCGCUAGCAGAGUUUCCCAAUUUAGAAAACCUUAUUAUUACUGGAAUUCUAGAAAGCGGUUCGCAAUUGUUAUUUUUUAAGGAGUUAAGAAAAUGGCGCAGACCUAGAAGACUGCGACCAUUGAUACUGACCAUCGAAGAUGAUCUAAGAGUGCCACGGCGCAAUACAAUUAGGAAUAUUACGUUUGCUGCUUUGGACUCCUUUCAAUGUUUUUAUAUAUAUAACUCGCGCACCAAAGUCUCCUAUGAUUUGUGUGAAAUAUCGGAAGUCAGCAGUUUAAUAGAGGAGUCCCUCGUAACCGUAGCUGAUGGUCAACAUCUCAGAAUAAAGUUUGACAAGUACAAGGAAGAACUGGAAAUAAAACUAUAUAGAAACUCGAAAUUAAAUGAAUUUAGUGAAAUGAGACCCUUAUUAAAGCUACCCAAUCUAAGUCGCUUGGUCAUACUUAAAAGAUUUCAUGAUUCAUUCCCUCCCCCAUCGCUUCCAAAGCUACUUUCAUUAAUGGUCCCAAAAGGUUCAUUUUAUUUAAAGGCCUGCAAAAUUUACUAUGGAUCUAUCGAUGAAUUAGAGGCUGUAGAACUUGCUAAAAUAGUAUCAAUUCGGUUUUUGGGGUGCCACAUCCGCAAAUGGAACUUAAUUAAGUUCUUCAAUGAAUUAACUGAACUACAGCACGUUGUGAUAAAAGUCCGAGAUUCUAUUGAUUUCUAUAACCCAAAGAUACUUUUUGAUCUGCUAACUGCAUGUAAGGUGCAGGCUACGGUAAUAUGCGAUAGAUUUAAACUUACCUUUAAAAGAAUGGAACAAAUUCUAAAGAUUAAAAUGAAAGAAAAAUGUCACGCCGAUAUUCUGAGUUCCCUGGCUCAACUUAAUAACGUUAGCACCCUGCAGGUUUCAGGGAAUUCGGAACCUGCCUCCCUCAAUUUAUUCUUUGAAGCAUUUGUCACCAGCAACUCAAGUGCAAUCCAAGAAUUGGAUAUCUCUGAUUUACAUGAUCUCCGGAAUUUCGAAGAUAUUUCCAAAGUGGCAGAGAUUCGAAGCAUUAAGAAACUGAAAUGCCGUCUGCUUGACACAGCUGGUAUUGAGAAAUUGGGAGAGUUAAACAACCUCGAGGAGUUGGAAAUUUUCGGUUCGGGCCACCUAGUCCCUCUUUUUACAAAAUUGGCUGAAAAGAACAAAAUUCGAUGUAUAUCUUGUCGACAACUUGAUACCCAAGAAGUUAUACAGGUCUCCCAAAUAAGGUCACUGAAAAAACUGGUGUGCCAGUCCUGUGACUUCAUAAACAUACGAUCCUUUUCAGAGUUAGCCAACUCGUCUGUUGAAGAAUUUAAUUUUCAAGUGAAGUACUUUACCAUGUUAAGAAUAGCUGAAAUUACGGAGCUUAAAAGUCUAAAAAGUUUGAGUGUAAAAUAUUUUAAUUUGGAAUGUGCGCCAAUAUUAAAUUUAUUUCCACACUUGGAGCACCUAUCCGUUGACAACUUUUGUGAUGAUGAUUUGUUCGUUUGUGUAUACCCAUUAAAUGUUGUGAUACUUAAAUCACUGCCUAGUACUCUUCAGAAAUUAGAACUAAAUUUCCAUAUCGGAUUCAAUGAGUGCAAAUAUUUUGUUGAACUUGAAAAAUUGGAAUCCCUAAAAUGCUCAUUGCACGAUGAGCCGGGACUAGAAGUUUUGGCAAACAUAAGAAACCUAAAAUCAUUAAUCAUAGACCGUGCCGAUGGUAAUCUUAUUGAACUUUUCCGGGCCUUUGCCCAUAAAAGUGAACCCAAGUUACAAGAGCUGCAUACAUCAACAGACCUAUGUUCUGAUGAGAUUCGUGAAAUAUCCGGCAUUAAAUCGUUAUUAAAAUUAAAUAUCUUGUACGAAUAUGUAUGUGACAACUUCUCAGAUCUAUGCCGACUAAGUGAACUAAAAUCCCUCCGAAUAGUUUGUCCUGAGUGGAAAAGGGAAGAUAUUGAAAGCGUUUUGCCGAUUUUUCUAUUGUGCCAAAAGCUUCAGUGCGCCACAUUGGAAGGAGAGGCAGUAGCUACAAACCUUGCAAGUAGAAUUAACCAAAUUCUUAAAUCUGUAAGAGAUCCUGUGAUUCAAGAGCCGUUACAACUUUUUAUAAUUGAAGAUUCCCUUUUUCCAAACUUCCAUGUAGACGACAUUGAUGAGGCAUAUUUGAACGUAUACUAUUCAUACGACAUCUACGACAACGACUUCCCUGUAGAAUAUCAUUCAGAAAGACGAGAUUCCGAUAAUGUUGAAACGGGUAGCUAUACUGAAUACUACUGA